AAAUAUUUCAAAUGACGAAGACAGCAUUUCUUUUUAGACUUUAAUGUUUAUUUACUCGAUAAUUUAAUGUCACAAAUGAACUCAGAAACAGUGAAAGUUAUUGUUCGGUGUAGGCCUCUAAAUGAACGUGAAAACGCACUUCAAUGUAGUAAUAUUCUGGAAAUAUUCAAUGACACCGGACAGUGUUCUAUACUAAACUCAAGCGAUAAAAAGCUUCCGCCCAAAACAUUUUUCUUUGAUGGGUCGUACGAUCAAAAUUCAACCACAGAACUGAUAUACAACGAUAUAUGUUAUUCUUUAGUGGAAGGAGUUACUGAAGGUUAUAAUGGCACGAUAUUUGCCUAUGGUCAAACUGGGUGUGGGAAGUCUUACACUAUGCAAGGUGUAUCUGAGCCAUCUAGUCAAAGAGGUGUUAUACCACGAGCAUUUGAUCAAAUCUUCGAAACUAUAUCUAUUAGCGAAAAAACCAAGUAUUUAGUGCAUGCAUCUUUUUUGGAAAUCUAUAAUGAAGAAGUACGUGACCUACUGGGUCGUGACAACAAAACGAAAUUAGAACUAAAAGAGAAUCCUGAUAAAGGAGUUUAUGUGGCUGGUUUAUCAAUGCAUAAAAUUACCUGUGUAAAAGACUGUCAGAAUAUUAUGGAAAUUGGAUGGAAAAAUCGUUCAACUGGAGCGACAUUAAUGAAUGCUGAUAGUAGUCGAUCACAUUCAAUAUUCACUAUUUACCUUGAAAUGAUUGAUCAGGCGGAAAAUUCAACUGCAGAUAAUCAUAUAAGAGCUGGAAAAUUGAAUUUAGUCGACUUAGCCGGUUCAGAAAGACAGUCGAAAACUGGUGCAUCUGGUGAUCGGUUUAAAGAAGCGACAAAAAUUAAUCUUAGCUUGUCAGCGUUGGGUAAUGUUAUUUCAGCUUUAGUUGAUUCUAAAGUUAAACAUAUACCAUAUCGUGACAGCAAAUUAACAAGAUUACUUCAGGAUUCCUUGGGAGGCAAUACAAAAACUCUAAUGAUAGCAUGUUUAUCACCGGCAGACAAUAAUUACGAUGAAACGUUGAGUACUCUACGUUAUGCUAAUCGAGCCAAGAAUAUACAAAAUAAGCCUAAAAUUAAUGAAGAUCCAAAAGAUGCUUUAUUACGUCAAUAUCAGGAUGAGAUUAGACGUCUUAAAGAACUACUGAACAGCAGCAGUCAACAGUCGGCACCAUCAACGCUUGAAGUGUUCAGCGGGAAAGAAAAUAUUGAUGUGUUAGAUAUACAAGCUGAGAAAGAAAAAUUAAAGCAAGAUUAUGAACGAAAACUACAAGCUAUGCAAGAACAGUAUAGUGCAGAAGCAGAAGAUAAGGCGAAAUUACUUGAAGAUAUGAAACAUUUAAGAGAAUUCUAUGAUAUGAAAAUUUCACAGAUAAACAGUCAUCGAGAUGCACUCCCGCCAACAAACGAAUCAGCAUAUAUAAUUGGAGAUAAUCAAAUGCAAAAUAAAAUGCAGUUAGAAGUAGAUUCUAUUCGAACAACUGGACUACCACAAGAGGAAAGAAAUGCAUUUGUCGAUUCAUUCAGUGAAAAUAUGAGUAAAGAUGAACUAAUCAGAAGACUCAGAUUACUAGAAGGCAAUUUUGUUGGUGGUGAACAAGCUGGGAACAAAGAAGUUCGUGAGAAGAUAACACGACGUAGACGAUAUGCUGAAGAAAGAAGGCGUCGAUUAGCUGAGGCUAAUGCAGACUUAGAAGAUGAUGGUAUAAUGAUUAAUAUAUAUGAAAGUAUACAAGAUGAAUUACAUUAUAAAAGCAAAGCAUUGCAAAAACAAAAACAAAAGGUUUAUGCAUUACAAAUGGAAAUUAAAGAUAUCCAAUCAGAAUUUGAACAGGAUCGAAGCGAUUAUCUAGAGACUAUACGACGUCAACAGAAUCAAAUAAAUCUGCUUAACAUGAUCUUGGAUAGAGUUCAACCAUGCAUACGUAGAGAUAGUAAUUAUCAUAAUUUGGACAAGAUUAAACGAACAGCCAAAUUUGAUUCAGAGAAAAAUGAAUGGAUAUUACCGCCAAUGUCUAUUGAACGCUUACAACUGCCUCUAACAAAUACUGACAGUUCAUCCAAUCAGUCAAAUUCAACUCAUGAAUACAUGAAUGAUAAUAUAGAGCAAAGUGUGUCUGCUAGAGAUUUAGAAUGGAGAAGUAAAGAAGACUCUAGAUUGUAUGCUAAACUAGCUAGUCGAACAUUAUCUCAAAAUAAUUAUUUUGCCAAUCGAAGAGCAAAUCAAAUUCUACUUAAUGCAGCUACAAGAGGAUCUGAAUUCAAAAGAUACGGAUAUGCUAACUAUAACGACAUGACAAGCUCAGGAAAUUCAUCCUAUGAAUCUUAUCUUACUGGUAAUCCUGAAUUAGCAUCCCUUUCAUCUUGUGAAAGUGAACAGAAUGUGAACCACCCAUAUAUCAAUACUUCAGAUACAAUUAAAAAACCAGGUAAAUUAAAUCCUAUGUCUGAAGUUCCAUUCAAUCCAAAUAAUCAAUAUGGACAAACGCGCCAGUCACAUAAUCGUAUGCAAAAAUGAAGUAUCAUUCAGAGACACGCAUUGACAAGCAUCACUUAGGACAAUGGAC